AAUGAGAAAAUAACAAUAUCAUUAGCCAAGCCUUAUGCACUUCAAACAAGGAAGCACAGCUUCAAAAUGUAAUAAUAUAUCACACACUGAGUGCGUUCUUUGUAUCGCUGUUCAUUGCGUUGAUUGUGGAGUUUAAAGAGGGAAUACAAACAUAUCAAAGGUCUAACCUUGAAACCAUGUUUUCAACAAUACCGGUAUCAUGGCGUGAUGGCUAUUCUCCAAAUGUGACCUUGACACAACUGAAUAACGACCUAGUCUUACUGCACAUACCAGCCAUAGUCAUCUUCACCGUUCUCAUGGUGAUUGGUGUUGUUGGCAACGCUGCAGUGCUGAUUGUCUAUAUUCCAUCUGCUUCGUCAUUACAAAAGGUGUACAUUCUAUGGCUGGCAGUCAUCGACUUAGUAGCGAGUGGCUUAGGAAUACCCAUUCUCUUAGUCAGCAUGUACCGACCAUAUCAGUUCCCGUCCGAGGCUCUUUGUCAAAGCGUUCGCUUUAUGCACGUUUUCCUCGUGUGUACCGCCGUCUUCAUUCUCGUAUUUAUCGCUGUGGAACGACAACGAACGCUUGGAAAACUUGGCCCGAAAACGUCUAUAAAGAGGACGAACGUAAUAUGCUGCAUCGCGUGUUUCGUUGGAGGUGGUAUCGCAGCUCCUGCGGUACUGGUCUACGGUAAUAGAACUGUUCGCACUGGAGUUUUUAACAUGACGGGAACAGAGUGUUUUGUACAGGAUCAUUUAGACGAUGAUCUGUUGGCAAAGCUCUACUUUGUUUUCCAGCUUUUGUUAACGGUGAUUUGUUUAGGGGUUUUGAUUGUUAUGUACGUAAAAAUAGGACGGAGGCUAAAAUGGCACAAGACUUUUAGGAGAGCAUCGAUGCGAUCGUUCACAAGUAACGAAUCGUCUCCUACUUGUUCGCUAAAGAACGGAAGACAAGCUCCAAAGUCUACUACUGAUAGUCGAACAAACGGACGAAAAAGUGUUAAACAGAAAUGUGAUGCAGACAAGAUUUCUGAUGAAAUGACUAAGAUGUUCUUUGCAGUAACCGUGAUAUUUAUUUGUUCUUUUAUCCCACAUCUGACUAUUAUUGUGAUCACGCAAUUUAACAAGAAUUUUACACAGGAUAUGACGUCAGCAUCUAUUGUGUUUUACAACAUAUUCUUUCGUUCCUUCGCCGUCAAUAAUGUGACAAAUCCUAUUGUGUAUUUUAAAUUCAUGGUGAAUUUUAGAAAGUCAUGCCGGAAAUUCCUUUGCCAUUGCUGCAAGGUGAAAGAAAUAUAUUCUGUUCAGUAAAAUCGAUACAUCAUUGUUUCAAUGACAAUAUUGGGGUAAUACAUUCAUUAAUGAACUUGCUGUUUUACUUGCAUAUAUGUAUUGUCCCAGAAAGUCUUGCUUUUUUGCCAUCCACAAUUUGAUCUCAAAAUCAUUUUAACAAGGCAUCUAAAUGUAACUAACAAUCGAUAUUAACAAUAGUCGCCAAUUGGCUUGGUUUUUUCAUUUAGUCACUUGAACUAUGCGACCAUUAUACUUGUUUUCAAAAUGUAUAUUGAUAGUAUUGGUUAAACGAGUGUUUAGUUGACAACUGGAGAAUGACCAAUUGUUGUUAUGUAUAACUUUUUAUUUUUCGUUUAUGUACAAAUUCAACUGUAUUUUUUACUCUUAAAUGUAGUUUUUUGAUAUAAAGCAAAUCUAAAAUGAUUUUACAUACGGUUUUUAGAAUAAUUAAUGAAUUGUGUAUUAUGAUGUGUUUUUUUCACUAGCUGGCAAGAAGGUAAUCAAUGCUUUAAGGGGUUAAAAUGAGGGUCAUUUAUGGCUUAAUGUGAUAUAUGUAGAUAGUUAACUGGACACUAGUUAUAGUUAUGCGCCAAAAUUACAAUUAUAUUGAGUUGUGUUUCUUGCAAUGGUUUUAAAAUAUAAAGACGAUAAUAAUCAU